AUAAAUUCACUCCACUCUUGACCAAGAAGAGAAACAGUUGAAAUUUGAGCGUUUUCUCUCAUGCAUCACUCGCGCACAACGCAAAUGCUGCAAACUUUUACGCACUAGAUUCAUUCACUGGGAUGCUGAUGAAUUUUAGGUACGAGCUUGUGCAUUAAUUUUCAUAUCAAUAUUUUAGUAAAGCAUUGUUGCAGGCACAUGAUGGAUUUAACGGAGGUUUGGGUCGAUUCCAGCCGACUGACAUUGCGGAGCGUUUUGCUUGCGAUGCUGGCGUGUUUGAUGGUCGUAAUAUUGUGGCGUCGAUCCGGUCAGUGGCGCCUACCCGGUCCGUUCCCGUGGCCCAUCAUCGGUAACGCCGCCCAGCUCGGCAAGUCACCCCACUUUUAUUUCACACGGAUGGCUCAGAAAUACGGCGACGUGUUCCAGAUCAAACUGGGCUGCCGAAACGUAGUGGUCCUCAACGGAGACGCGAUCAAAGAGGCUCUCAUUAAAAAAUCGGUGGACUUCGCCGGCAGACCCGAUUUCGCAUCGUUCACGUUCGUGUCCGGCGGAAAGAGCAUGGCUUUCGGCAACUACAGCCAGUGGUGGAAACUACAUCGGAAGAUCGCGCAAAGCACCGUGAGAACCUUCUCCACGGCCAACAUCCAGACCAAACAGACCUUUGAGAGGCACAUCGUGCUUGAGAUCUCAGAACUCAUCCAUCUCUUUCUCAAUAAAACCCGGGAGCAGAAAUACUUCGAGCCUCACAAUUUCCUCGUGGUCUCCGUGGCGAACACCAUGAGCGCAGUGUGCUUCGGAAAACGGUACUCGUACGACGAUGCAGAGUUUCAACAGGUGGUCGGCAGGAAUGAUAAGUUCACCAAGACGGUCGGAGCGGGAAGCAUCGUCGACGUCAUGCCCUGGUUGCAGUACUUCCCAAACCCGAUCAAAACUCUUUUUGUGCAGUUUAAGGAGCUCAACGAUGAAUUUAUGAGCUUCAUUCAUGACAAAGUGAUCGAGCACCGUAAGACGAUUUCAUCGGGUCUGAUCCGUGAUAUGACCGACGCGUUCAUCUUUGCUCUGGACAAGGGUAUGUCCGGGGGACCGGGGGUCUUUUUGGAUAAGGAGUUCGUGCCAUCGACCAUUGGAGAUAUCUUUGGGGCGAGCCAAGACACACUAUCGACAGCACUGCAGUGGAUCAUUCUGCUAAUGGUUCGGUAUCCUGAAGUUCAGAAUCGUCUUCAGGAGCAGAUAGACAAAGUAGCGGAUCGCACUCGCCUCCCCACCAUCGAAGACCAGCAUCAGCUUCCGUACGUCAUGGCCUUCAUCUACGAAGUCAUGCGAUUCACUUCGUUCGUCCCCGUGACGAUUCCUCACAGCACCACUACGGACACGUCCAUCAACGGUUAUCCUAUCCCCAAAGACACUGUCAUUUUUGUCAACCAGUGGUCUUUGAACCACGAUCCAAACAAAUGGGACGAGCCAGAGGUAUUCAAACCGGAGCGCUUCGUGGACGAGGAUGGAGCUCUCAACAAAGACCUGACCAGCAACGUACUGAUAUUCUCAGUGGGGAAGCGCAGGUGCAUCGGAGAGGAGCUGUCCAAAAUUCAGCUUUUCCUCUUCACGUCCUUGCUGGUUCAUCAGUGCAAUUUUACAGCCGAACGAACGCCCAGCUUGGACUACAUGUACGGGCUCACGCUUAAACCGAGCGCGUUUAAGGUGGCCGUCACGCUGCGUGACAGCACGGAACUGCUGGAGAACUUUUUAGUGACAUCUGACUUGUCUAAACAGUAGAGACAAGAAGGUUUGAAGUGAAACGGAAGCAAGUGAAUGAACUUGCGAGAACUUUGCCGAAUGAAGGUGGCAAAGCAGAAAAAAAAAAGGGACAAAGACACAGCAUGUGUGAAUAAAUAUCGACAUAUUUAUAGACGUCGUACUCAGGCAAAAACACAAUCACACAAAUCACAUGAGCUGCAGUUUUUUUAUGACGUGAUGCACUGAUUUAUGGUAUAUUUUGCAAGUGUUGCAAAGCAACACACGACAGGUGCAGUCCUCAAUAACAUUAUAAUAGUUUACUUUAAACUUUAUUUUAAAGAGUAUUGAGACAUGUAUGUGCAUAGCAUUAUUCAGAGACAUGUAUGUUGCAACAUUGUAUAAACAUCAUUAUUGCGUAGAUAACAGAAAUUUAAAAGCGAAACAGUCAUCAAUCACUAUAACUUUUUCGUUAAUAAGACUACGUCGAACUAAGUUUCUCUUAGUCCAUUGGUUGUUGAUGGUACUUUCGUUCAGUAGCUCUGGGCUGCAUUGUUAAAGGGACAGUACACCCAAAAAUGUACAUUUUGUCAUCAUUUACUCACCCUCGGGUUGUUCCAAAUCUCUAUACGUUUCUUUGUUCCAAUGAACAUAGAGAAAGAUAUUUGGGAGAAUGCUUAAACUUGUAAGUUUUUUGGCCACAAUUGUCUACCAUAAAAAUGACAAUGUACCGUUUGCUAUCCUACAGUCUUCAAAAUAUUUUCUUCUGUGUCGAGCAGAACAAAGAAAUUUAAGAAGCAAAUUUUCCUACUAUGGUUGUCAAUGGUGGCCAAGAACUGUUUGGUUACAUGCAUUCUUCCAAACAUCCUUCUUUGAGUUCUUGAGAACAAAGAUAUUUCUACAGGAUAAGUAAAUGAAGACAAAAUGUAUCAUUUUUAAGUGAACUGUUCCUUUAAGGUCAAUAUAUUACACUCAUAAAAGUGAGAAAUUUGUACAGUAUAAUCUUACAGCACUUUACACACUGUCGUUCCUUAUCAUCGCGCUUGAAAAUGUUUCCUGAUUCUCCAUUCAGCAUUGUUGAACUUGUGCCUUGUCAUUACAGACUUCCUAGCAUUAAUCUAGGAUUAACAAACAAACAUAGACAGGUUUUACACAGUCCAAUGAGUUUCUUUAACCUGCCUUUCAAUGCAACAUUGUCUGGAAAAUCGCACAGUUUCAGUGAUGCGAGGGGUAGAAUAUAUCAUGCUGCUUACACAGACUCCAGUCAAACUAUUCUUCUAUUUUUAGCUGUUCAGUUCUAUAGUGCACGACAGGACUUUUUAUGUCCCUUGGGUCAAAGGGAAUUUCAGGGUUUGUAACAUUCAUCGUAUAUGUUGUGAUUACUAAUUUUUGCUUCUUUCUACAAACUGCUGUAAUUGUGAACUACAUCCUUAGAUGUUAACAGAUUAAUAGUUUAUGUGCAAACGUUUGAUAUACAAGUCUGUAAUUGAACUGGUUAUAUUUCGUUCACAUUGUGUAAUACGAUAUAUAUAUAAUUUUUACUUCAUAUAAGCUCUGACGUUUGGCUGCUGUGUGAAUUUUAAACUGCGUACAGACUGCAGUUUACAUUUUUUGUGAUUAAAUGUUUCGUGCAAUUAAAAAUGUUUUUUAUUCUCAUGGCUAAUAAAUGUACUCUUUGUAAA